AGCACUCUCAUCCAUUAUCGUACUCAAUCGGUUCUGUCUUUACCUGAAUUACUUUACUGACAAAGAGUGGCAAUUGAUAAUUGAAACAAAUUCAUAUAAAAUACAUGAACUAUUGGUAUCAGCUUCAGUAUCAAAUGCUCUACAUAAUGCUAUAGUAAAGAAUUCAUAUGGUCAAGAUAGUUUCAUGCACCCAGACGAAUCUCCAUUAAGUAGAGCGUCAUUAAGAAUAUUUAAUGAAUUGUAG